GCGAAAUAUUCACUAACGGUAUAUUUUCAUGGAGAAAUUCAAUGUUCUAUUGCAAAAGAUAAGUCGUGAUUUGAAUCCAAACGACUUGGAAGAUCUCGUUCACAUCUGUAGGAUUGAGAAAAGUCGUAAACCCACCAUAACAAGUGGUCACCAUUUGUUUACCCAUCUUCGUCAUAAUCGUCGCAUUAGCGAAGAAAAUGUUGAUUACUUGAAGGAAGUCCUAAAUGCCAUACACAGACAUGAUCUUGUUUCUCUUGUCGAGAGGUUUGAAGGUCUGGAAACAACGGAUGUUCAUGGCCAAAUUGUAAAUGUUAAAUCUGAGCCAUCUACUGAUAUGAGUCCGGUCUCAAUAACGCCAUUUAAUCAACGAAAUUUUGUCAAUCACGGUGUUGAAAAUAUCCAACGAUUAAGUGCAGUGUGCGACGAUGGUUGUCAGAUUCAAAUCGCCGGGCCGGGAAGGAACGAAUCAGAUACCAGCUUGUUGCGUCGUGCACUGGCCUUGUCCUCAAAUGUCGUGCUAUAAGAUUCAUUUUUGUUAUGUGAUCCUUACAGUCAUAUUUAUACUGGCUAUUAUAACCACUGCUCUCUGUUGGUUUGCCAAUGUCCCUAAAGUCAGCGAGCACCUCGAAUCGGAAAAGUCUAUACGCAACCCCGGGAUAUUCGUCAUCAUUGCUCUAAUCUUGAUAUUUCCAAUAUUUAUGCUUAUCGUGUUCUUUGCCAGAAAGUGUUGGAAGAGGCGCCAGGACAAUGCUGUGAUAUUUUCAACUGCAAACACUCCUGUAAGUACUGAGGUUGCUGCUGAUUUCGCGAAGAAUGAAGAUCCAGGGCCAUCGGUGGUGCUACAGAUUAAUCCAAGUUGUGAGGAUGAAAUGAACGAUGAGCCGACAACAUGUGGAAGUUACAUUGGAAAUAUUAUCACAACAGGAGAUACGGAGCCGAUUUUAUCCCAAGAAUCAGAGAGUUGA